AAACGUCUCGGUGUCUCUUCCACCUUGUCUACGACGCCCAACACACCGAUGGCGACGAACGGCGAGCGGGAUCCCCUUCUCGGGCCUCCUGGCGAGCCCAACUUUGCCCGCGACGCCGAUAUUGGCGAGCAUGCCGCGAAACGCGCUGCUGAACGGCGCGCUGCUGUCAUUCGAGUAGUGACCCACGGCACCCUGACCGUUGUGUUCUUUGCUGCCCUGUUGUCGAUGUUCUUCUUGUGGGACAAGAUUGGACGAUUUGCAGGCGCGCUGCCAAAGGACCCGGCAAAGGCUGCACACAGAUUACUGCAGUCAGCCCCUGUCAUUGAUGGUCAUAUAGACCUUCCUGAAUUCGCCCGGUCGGUCUAUGCCAACAACGUCUCAGCCUUCGAUCUCAACACACCCACUCUUGGGCACGUCGACAUCCCCCGUCUUAAGAAGGGCCAAGUUGGGGGCUUCUUCUGGUCGGUAUACACAAACUGUCCCGCACAUGCUGGCCUGGACGACGGCCCAGACUUCCUAAAUGCUACUUGGCGUGUUCGUGACACGCUGGAACAGAUCGAUGUUGCCAAGUUGCUCAUCAACCGAUACCCUGAGACAUUCCAACUCGCUACGACAUCCGACGAAGUGAAGUCCGCCAUUUCCGCCGGUAAGAUUGCCAGCCUACUCGGCGUGGAAGGCGCCCACCAACUGGGCAACUCGCUCGCUGUCCUGCGACAAUACCACGAACUCGGCGUGCGCUAUGUCACACUGACACACAUGUGCAACAACGCGUUCGCCGACUCUGGCGGAUACCUCAAGCCGAUCGAAACGAAGUGGGGCGGGCUCAGUCCGCUCGGAUACACGCUGAUCGGGGAGAUGAACCGUCUCGGUGUCAUCGUCGAUCUGAGUCACACCUCAGACAACACCGCCCGGCAGGCAUUGAAACACACAAAGGCGCCUGUUAUUUGGUCACACUCGUCUGCGCGCUCUGUGCAUAAUGUCGCGCGUAAUGUACCCGACGACAUUCUAGAGCUGGUCGGCACUACCGAUGGUAAGGUCGACGCUGUUAUCAUGGUGAACUUCGCCCCGCAAUUCGUCGCGGACGAAGGCAAGGCAAACCUCGAGGCCGUCGCAGACCACAUUGAUCACAUUGCUAGCGUCACGGGCAGGGCACACGUUGGCCUUGGCAGCGACUACGACGGCAUCGAAAGCACGCCCGAGGGGCUCGAGGACGUCUCCAAGUACCCUUCCCUGAUCGCAGAGCUGUAUGCGCGUGGCUGGGAUAGGUUCGAUCUUGCUGGCCUCACGGGCCGGAACCUCCUGCGCGUCAUGGCGGGCGUGGAGCGCGUCGCGGCGGACCUACGGGCGCACGGCGUGCCACCUGCGCUGGACAUCUACGACAGGCGGACGGACUUGCCCUCGUCCAAGCCCGACCUGUGAAUCUGAUGCUUAUGGAAUCGACGUAGGAUGGGACUGGCGGAUACGUACAGGUAUCGACGUCAUGGUGUGUUCUCUCUGCGGAUUGCUAUCGCUAUGUUUUUUCUCAGCUCAGCACUGUCCCGACCUUUUACUUGCUGUAUCAAAUGCUACUUUGGAUUUCUCGCUGUUUGGGAAUCGGUGAAUCUCCCUGGGUUAUGGUGAUUGGUCGUUUGCGCGAUUGAAACACGUGUCAUG